GCGUUUGAACUAUACGCGGGCCUUCUUCACUCUCCCUUUUAUCCCUCAUAUUCUAUAACGCAAAGUCGCUCACGGGAAAUCCGACGUCUCGUUUUUCGCGUCGCCUUUUCUUGCACUCGAAUUGACCUUCCUUUUCAAUGUGAUUUUCUAUUGUCGGUUUUGGCGAUACUUCUGGGUGUUUCAAAAGAUGUGUAUAAAAAUAAGAACCAACACAUACACAUCGAAGUGAUGACGGCAUGAAAACACCUUCCACGUUCCUCCUUCUACUUCUGGCAACUGUCAAUUCGAAAUAUGAGGCAUGCAAAAUCCGAACCCUUUCGAAUAACGUCACUCCGACCAGACUGAACUACAACGCGACCAAAUUAGUCGACGAUACCGCAACUAAACUUCUAAAGAAUUCCCAAAACAUGAAUUUUUCAUUGGCAUCCCGGAAACUUUUAUCGAUGCAACCAGAUAUUGCCGGAGUGAUUUUAACUAGAGUGGAUGAAAGAAUCCUGGCUUUAAAAAUAAACUCCAGGCUGAGGAUAUUUCCUAAUCGAACUGCCGAAACUGAUGUUUUCUGGAAGGCAUUUAAUGAGGCUGACGGAUGGGGGAAACCGUUUAAGGAUUGUAUUUUCCUUGCGAAUUCCUGGUUUUACGUGUACAAACAUCCAGUGAGAAAAUUGGGCAUUGGUUUGUUUAUUACGAUAGAUUUGAAUCAAUGUGACAGGGAUUUAGAAGAAAUAUUUGGAGGACCAGACAAGUGCGAUGACUCCCAAAUAUGCGUCAGCGAACACGGAACGAAAAUGGAACAGCAUCAACACCGAGGCAGAUAUCGAUGCGUCUGUCAGCCGGGAUUUUUCUAUCCCGGUGCCAACUUGACGUGGACGGGGAUUAGCGGAGAUGAGCUCGAAAAUGGAAAAAUCAAUAGCACUAGAUGUUUACCGUGUUCCCUGAACUGUCCCGAUCAUUGCAGCAUAAAUGGAGUAUGCCUGGUGCUCGAAGACUUUAACCUCAGGACUUGCAUUAUCAUUAUACAGCUAGUUAGUAUGGCAAUCGUAUUGUUAUUAGCUAUGGUCGUUUUUAAACAACGAAAAACUAAGGCUAUUGCUACUGGUAUGUGGACCAUUUUAGAAAUAAUUUUAUUGGGAAUUCUCUCUUUGUACAGUACCGUUGUUAUAAGAAGCCUAGAGCCAACCAUUGUGCGUUGUUUGUUGGAACCUUGGAUCAGAGAAAUUGGUUUUAUUAUUUGUUAUGGAGCUAUAAUUUUGAAACUUUAUAGGCAUUUGAUUGAGUUUCGGACAAGGAAAGCUCACAGAUGGGUGGUUAAAGAUACAGAUUUGCUGAAAUAUUUACUAAUAAUGGUCUUAUCAGGAUUGGCGUAUAUGGCCGCUUUCACGGCGCUCACGCUCAAUUUUAUCACAGAGAAUUACUCCGUGCUCCAAAUCGGCCAUACAAUUACCGGGGAGCAGUUCGAGGGAUGUAAAUAUUUAUGGUGGGACUACGUAACUGAAGUAGGAGAAGCUGCUAUUCUAGUUUUUGGAAUCCAUUUGGCCUACGCCAGCAGGAACGCCAGGACACAAUUUCAUGAAAGAAACUUCCUGUGCGCCGCCAUCAGUCUGGAAUUAGCAAUCAGCGUUAUUUUCUAUAUAGCGAGGAUUUUUAUCCUUAACGAACUCCAUCCAGACGUGGUGCUAGUUAUUUACUGCGUCAGAUCACAACUUUCCCAAACAGUUACGCUGCUUCUAAUUUUCCUUCCGAAAUUCUGGUAUCAGCAGAAACAAGUUAGAUCGCUAGCUCAAGAGUAUUCUUGCAGAUUUCCUUUGGAUGCUUUCAAGGAUCAAACUUCCCAUAGAAAUUUAUCCGGUAACAACAGCGACGUUGAGAUAGGAGAAAUAACAAUCGCCGACAUGAAUCCGGACGACAUCAGGGCCGAGCUUAAACGACUUUAUUUGCAAUUAGAAAUGUUCAAGGCCAAAACUAUUUGUAGAGACAACCCACACAUAUCGAAAAGACGCGGAGGUAGAAAAGCACAACACAGAAGAUUUAGUUUACAGAAAAAGGGCAGUAGGGAAAAGGUAAGACGCACAAUGAGUUUACACUCGCGGCACAAAGACAGAAAAAGAGAAGCCGACACCGAAGUUACCGAAGCGGAACCGUCUAGAACACCCGAAGACUCGGUUUGUAGUACGGAAGGGCCUAGCACCAUUUAUGCGGACCUGCCAUCAACUAAUCAAAUCAAUUAGCGACCAAAAUGAUGUUUUUUGUAUUACAAAAAUCAAAUAUAUAGGGAGGAAUUUUUAUUAGAUAGAAUUUUCUUCGAACAUUCCCGUUUCAAUAUCAGUUCGAAUUUUCCUUAGAACUAUGAAGCGAAAAAUGUAGAAGUCAUAUGACUUCACAAGCUAUUAUUAUUGUACAUUUAUUUAUUUUUUUCUUAAAUAAAGAUUUACUUGAUUUUAAAUGCAUGUUGAAUAAUUCCUAUUUAUUGUUUUCAAAAUUAUUUAAAAUAACCUACAAGGCGCAGUACCUACCAAAACCAAAGCUUCUUUGUAUUAUCUUUUGAAACCGUUUUUGUUAUUCUUGUGUUAUAGGUAAUAUAUUCUUAUUAUGAAAAGUUGA